CAGCUAUGAUCGGCGAGUUAGUUGUCUCCUUUUGGCUCAUCAGGUAUUUAUUCGAACUGGGAUGUAAACAUCGCAAGCGAAAAGUAACAGCAACACUAGCGACAGUGACGCCAACGUCGACGCUGGCAGCAUGAUUAGUCAACUGGAAUGGUUGCUGAGAGCAACAGCAACAAUAACAACGCAACAAUGACCAAAGCAAAUGAGGCAGGCAGCAGCAGCGAUAGUUGCGUUCUGAGCAGCGCUUAAAAUGAAAGAAAAACACAUUGGACGCGACACAGGGAAAACAAUAUACGAGAAAUAAAGGCUUAAUUCGCUUAAAUUAAGCAGCGCAGUGUUUAAUUAGCUUUAAUCAAACCACAAAACUAGAGGGUCCGCGCCAUAGCCCACCCGGGCACACAAGGCUCCAUCACUCGCCAUCACUAGCACGAGUACGCCAUCACAACAUGCAGUGUGGACACCGCCCAAUCGCCAGCUUUCAUGGCCCGAAGCAGCACGUCGCAGAUGUUUACCUCGUGGCAAUUUGUUUGUUGUUUAGUUUUAUUUGCGUAUCCGUGCAGGAAUCUCAAAAUAUUCCGGAGGAGGAGCCCGUCUACUAUUACGUUGGCUGCUAUACUGCUCGAACAGAUCUGCUGAAGGAAUCGGUAUACGCAAAGACGCCUCAAACGUGCAUUGAGAUAUGUGAGCACCAGGGCCACAGGUACGCUGUCCUGGCUGCCGAGAAGUGCUUCUGUGCCAAUCGUCUGGAGCCUCAUGAAAAGCAGGACGAUCAGCUGUGCCACACGCGAUGCCUGGCCAAUAAGGCGCAGUAUUGCGGAGGCGUGGGUGUACAUUCCUACUAUUCGACAACGUUGCUAAGGCAACCGGCGCCACAUCAUCUACGGAUGGUCAACAGUACCGAGAACAGCAUAAGCCUCGCCUGGGACGCCUAUGAGCCCAACAAGCUAUUGCUAGCUGGCGGUGCCGAGGCACUCGCGCCACAAACUCAGCAAGUUUCCAACAUUCUGAUCAAAUGUCAGGUUGUUCAGACCUACUCAACGCUUCCCGCAUUUUUACAGCCCGAGUUUAUAGUGCAGAGCACGGAGACCCGCUUCGAGCUAACUGAUCUCCAUCCCGCGACACUUUACAAUAUUAGUGUUCGCGCCAUUUGUGCACAACAACAAGAAGAAAGCGAAUGCGGCCAUGCUACACUAAUGGCCAGCACAGAGGUGGGCUUACCAAGUCCAGCGCCCGCACAGCCCAAGAUUCUCAGCCGCACUAAAAACAGCAUGACCGUUGAGUUGGCGCCCGUACACAACGACAAUGGUCCGGUAUCGAAGCUUCUUAUUGUUGUCGAGUUUGUUGACGAUUCACUGAGCCAGCCGUUUGAUGAACAGCUGUUGGGAGGCUGGCAGGAUGCGCAGCAAAACGGCGUUCCCUACUACAUAGCCGCAGAGCUGAGCUACGAUCGACCAGAGGACAACCGCACAAGGCACUUUGUUGUAGGAGAUGGCAAACGCUAUGGACGCUAUCGUAAUGUGCCUCUGGAGCAGCUGUCAGAGGAGCAGGACCAGCUCUCCCAUGUGCACAUUAGCUUGGGCGUGGUAAGCACACUGCGAAACAUCACUAAGACAUUGUACACGCGCAGCAGUCACGCACAACAUGCCAGCUCUCUGGAUGAUUUCAGCUAUGCAACGUUUGAUAAGGGUCAGUCGUCAGUGGUGGCUUUGGCUGUAACCUGUGUGAUCUUCGGCAGCUGCCUGUUGCUUAGCCUCAUCACAUACUUUUAUUUGCGCUACAAGACCUGUCACGCUCGCGGCCUGAUUGGACGUGGACGCAAUGCUCACGAGAUGACGCAGCAGACGCCCAUCAUUGAGCGCGAGAACAACGGAUAUCUUGUGGAGGACGAGCAGCCGGCUUCGCUGGAGAGCUUCAAGCAGCAGCUACACUCGACGCUUGAGGGACUGGAGCGUCUGCCGCGCAAUGGACUGCGCCUCAAUGCAAACGAUGUUAUUGGCGAAGGGCGCUACGGAGAGAUUAUCACAGGACGGCUCAAUGUGGCUGAAUCCGUUAAGGAAUGUGCGCUCCAUGUUUUAUCAUUGAACGAUCUGAGCGGUAGCAGGCAGGCGCAGCUGUUGCGUGAGUUGCGGCAGCUCAGACAAAUGCGCCAUCACGAGCUGCUCCUAGACUUUUAUGGCAUUUCGGCAAGUGCGGACUGGUUCUAUCUGGUUUUUGAGCUGCAGCGUGUCAGCCUUAAGCGACGACUGAUCGAGAGCCGUCAGGCAGCGCCAGCGCCGCGUCUAACUGUGCUAACUGAGCAACUGGUGCUACAAUGGAUGUACGAGCUGUCAAGCGCAAUGUCAUACCUGGGAAGCUGUCAGGUGUUGCACCGGCAGCUGUCCAGCUACAGUGUGUACGUUAGCGCCGACUCCAAGCUUAAGGUAUGCCUUCUCGGACCACUGCAUUAUGUGAACAGUAAUAGCCAGGCGCUAGAUCUGGGCCGCUGGCUACCACCCGAGGUGCUGCGACACCAGCACUUCACAACAAAAUCUGUUGUGUGGUCUUUCGCCUGCGUCGCUUGGGAGUGCUGCGCCCUGGGCGGCACGCCUUAUGCAAACGUUGCCAGCAGCCAGCAAUUACUAGAGGCGAUACGCUCUGGCGUGCGUCCGGCUCAGCCCGCCUAUGUCUAUGGCGAUCUUUAUCAGCUGCUGCUUAACUGCUGGCAGCUUGAGCCCAGCGAGCGCAUUGGCUUUGAAGAUGUGGCCUUUGGCGUGCGUCAGCUGAUGACCUCUCCUCGGCAUGCGCUGUGCUUUGAUCGCUCCGCUUCGGACACCAUGGAGACCCUGCCACUGUAUCUGCCGAUUCUUGAGAUAAGCAACUAAUUUAGCCAGUGGACAGAUAGAAGGCAACAAGAACACGUGGAAAAUGAAACCAGUUGUGACUAUCCAAAAGCAAGUUUGAUUAAAUGUACCCUAACGUUUGAAACACAUAUAAUUGAUUGAUAAACGUUGCUAUUGGUGGCUUAUGACUUUCCAAAUCUGCGCCAUUCAAGGCUUUCGUAAAUGUAUAAAGAAUUGCAUGUGUUUUUAACAAAGAUUUAAAAUGGAUUGCCCGAUCAAA